GGAGCCGAGCCUCCUGUUCAUUAGCAGUUGAGAAAAAUUCCUUUCUAGUUUGAUCAAUCCUUGUUUUCCUCAGCGGAUCUGAGGCGUCCGCCCAGCGCUGAGACCGGGAGCGGGGUCUCUCGGCGGCGGGGGCGCUCGGCGCCGGGCCUCGGGGGAGUGCAGAAGUAGCGACGAGGGGGUCGGGCCGGGCACCUCCGGGGCUUCUCCCCUCCCUCCUUCCCUCCCUCCCUCGCCGCUGGUUGCUUUUUUUUUUUUUUCCACUUCUCUCCCUCCCCCUUCCGUUUCUAUUUGUGAAGGGAGGAGGAAGGCAGAGGCGGGCUGGUGUCUCUGGCCGGGGACUGGAAUUUCAUCUGAAUGACUGCCCCGGCGCGCACGCAGCGCCCCGGAGUCGGCCCGCCAGCGCCCCGCAGCCCGCACCCGCACCCAGCCGGCCAGCCCAGGGACGCCCUCGCCGCGACCCAGGGCCCGCCGGCUCGCCUCGCUCGCCGCCGCGUCCGGAUCUAGCAAGCCCCCAGAGCGGCGGCCCGCACUCGCCUCCUCGGACCCUUCGGAUUUCGGCCCCCGGCCCGCGGACGAGGGAAGGUGCGGCGCCGACGAGCUGGGAAGGAGGCACCAUCGCAGCCGCGCUUGCGGGAAGAACUGUGCGGGCUGCCCGGGCUCCGUCCGCCGCGGGGCGCGCCCCAAUGUCAGCUACGGGGCCGAGCGUAGGCCGCGGACCGCCGUUGCCCUAGCAGAGCCCACGGGGAGGCGGCCUCUUAUAUGGAAUUUGGACCUCGGCGCGCCUCUCCAGGGCUCCUGCCCCGGCCGCGGCCCUGGCGCAGUCCGCCGCCUCCCGCUAGGCGCUCGGCUGGAGGAAGAGACGCAGCCGGCUGCGCGCGCGGUGUGAGGACCGAGGCUCCCUCCUCUGGGGGGCGGGCACACGGAAGCCGCUGGUGACUGAGCGACUGUCGGGGCCGGCUGGGGCUCGGCGCUCCCCGCUCGGUGGGCCUGCAGCUCUACGGACCGGACGCCCGGGACUGGGGAGUUGGGGAGGCCUGCCAGAGUCCUCUUGGACGCAGCCGCCAUGGCGGAGAAUUGGAAGAACUGCUUCGAGGAGGAGCUCAUCUGCCCCAUCUGCCUGCACGUCUUCGUGGAACCGGUGCAGCUGCCAUGCAAACACAACUUCUGCCGGGGCUGCAUCGGCGAGGCGUGGGCCAAGGACAGCGGCCUAGUGCGCUGCCCGGAGUGCAACCAGGCCUACAACCAGAAGCCGGGCCUGGAGAAGAACCUAAAGCUCACCAACAUCGUGGAGAAGUUCAACGCCCUGCACGUGGAGAAGCCGCCGGCGGCGCUGCACUGCGUGUUCUGCCGCCGCGGCCCCCCGCUGCCCGCGCAGAAGGUCUGCCUGCGCUGCGAGGCGCCCUGCUGCCAGUCCCACGUGCAGACGCACCUGCAGCAGCCCUCCACCGCCCGCGGGCACCUCCUGGUGGAGGCGGACGACGUGCGGGCCUGGAGCUGCCCGCAGCACAACGCCUACCGCCUCUACCACUGCGAGGCCGAGCAGGUGGCCGUGUGCCAGUACUGCUGCUACUACAGCGGCGCGCAUCAGGGACACUCAGUGUGCGACGUGGAGAUCCGGAGGAAUGAGAUACGGAAGAUGCUGAUGAAGCAGCAAGACCGGCUGGAAGAGCGAGAGCAGGACAUUGAAGAUCAGCUGUACAAGCUCGAAUCAGACAAGCGCUUGGUGGAGGAGAAGGUGAGCCAACUGAAAGAGGAAGUGCGUAUGCAAUAUGAGAAGCUGCACCAGCUGCUGGACGAGGACCUGCGGCAGACAGUGGAGGUCCUGGACAAGGCCCAGGCCAAGUUCUGCAGUGAGAACGCGGCGCAGGCGCUGCACCUUGGAGAGCGCAUGCAGGAGGCCAAGAAGCUGUUGGGGUCCCUGCAGCUGCUGUUCGAUAAGACAGAGGAUGUCAGCUUCAUGAAGAACACCAAGUCUGUGAAAAUCCUAAUGGACAGGACUCAGACCUGCACGGGCAGCAGCCUUUCUCCCCCUAAGAUCGGCCACCUGAACUCCAAGCUCUUCCUGAACGAGGUGGCUAAGAAGGAGAAGCAGCUGCGGAAGAUGCUAGAAGGACCCUUCAGCACGCCGGUGCCCUUUCUGCAGAGUGUUCCCCUGUACCCCUGCGGUGUGAACAGCUCUGGGGCGGAGAAGCGCAAGCACUCGACGGCCUUCCCUGAGGCCAGUUUCCUGGAAACAUCGCCAGGCCCUGUGGGCAGCCAGUAUGGGGCAGCAGGCACAGCCAGCGGCGAAGGCCAAUCUGGGCAGCCCCUGGGCCCCUGCAGCUCCACACAACACCUGGUGGCCCUGCCAGGUGGUGCCCAGCCAGUGCACUCAAGCCCUGUGUUCCCCCCAUCACAGUACCCAAAUGGCUCUGCUGCCCAGCAGCCCAUGCUUCCCCAGUAUGGCGGCCGCAAGAUUCUCGUCUGUUCUGUGGACAACUGUUACUGUUCUUCCGUGGCCAACCAUGGCGGCCACCAGCCCUACCCCCGCUCCGGCCACUUCCCCUGGACAGUGCCCUCACAGGAGUACUCGCACCCGCUCCCACCUGCACCCUCCGUGCCCCAGUCCCUUCCCGGUCUGGCGGUCAGAGACUGGCUUGAUGCCUCCCAGCAGCCCGGCCACCAGGAUUUCUACAGGGUGUAUGGGCAGCCGUCUACCAAACACUACGUGACAAGCUAACGCCACGCAGGUGGUGGGUGCUGGGGAAUGUGCCCCAGCCCCGGUGGCUCGGGAAUUAUGCAUCCGGAGACCUGCCCUCCUACCUUCCUCUCAGCCCCAGCCCCAGCCCCAGCAUCCUGUCUUUUUCUUUUGGAUUUUGUUUUGUUUGGGGCUUUGUUUUUGAUUUUUUUUUUUUUUAAGUGAAUCUCCUGGACUGGAAGGGAGGCAGUGAGAACUGGCCUGGGCCCGGGCCGGGCUGGGGCUGUGGGCGGACCUGGAGGUGGGAAAGUGUCUGUUUCAAGAUGCUGGGAUCUCCCUGAUUUUUUUUUUCCCUUCCUCUUCUCACACCCCCAUAGGGGAAGGAGCCUCAGCUUCCCCUCAAGUCUAGGGGGCCCAGCCCUCCUCUGUUUGCCCCAGGAGGAAGGCCAGGGCCUGCUGGCCCAGUUCUCUUCCUGUCCUGGGCAGUUCCAUCACUGAUCCAGUAAGGAACGACCUGUAGAUUGUGGGACUUUUUUUUUUUUUUUUUUUUUUUUAAACCAAGAGUGAUUUUUUUUUUCCUGCCUACUGCUCACCAUCUUCCCAGACGGAGUUCCAAGGCAGUUCCCCAACAAGCAGCUCGGGCACCUUCGGCCUCAGAGUGGAGUCAUUGAAAGACAGGAACCCCCAUAUCCAGGAAAAGGGGGAAAAGGAACUUUGCCAGCGAAAGUGACCACAGAAAAAGCAAAUAAUAAUAAUAUUAAUAAUAAUAAAGAGAAAUAAAAGAAAUAAUAAAAUAAAAAACAAUAGCACAGCCCUCGUUCAGGCCAGUGGAGGAGGAGGAGCUGCCUAAGCUGGGUCCUUGCCUGGAUUUUGACACAGCAGCUUCCUGUAGUGAGCACUUUGUAUGAAUCGUGGACUUCCUGUUCUCAAGGCACAGGUAUUUAUUCUGUAAUCUGUCUAGAGCACACAUCGAAAUCCAACCUUCUAAUAAACAUGAUGGCGCAGUCCC